AAACCGUACACGCUCCUCUAACCCCUCGAAAAUAGAUCUGAGGAACCUUCCAGCUGCCUAGCUUGUUGCUUGGCUUCCCCCAGACCCUAGACGCGUCAUGUACAAGCCUUCGCCUGUAUGCAAUAGCGCUUCUGACAAAUAGCAGGAUAGUAGAACAAAAAGGCGGGGAAAGCGACGAGUAGGGCCCCUUGCUGGGACCAGUUGGAGGAUGGGCAACUUGGCAUCUACUCCCCUUCACAAGGCGGCCAACGACAAGGACCUGUCAAAGCUAAGAUGGGAAGUGCAACAGCAUCCAACGCUCGUGAACUCCGCCGAACCAACCAUGAGCUGGACCCCACUGCAUGUGGCAGCUAACAACGGGGCUGCCGUCAUCGUACGGGAGCUGCUGGCGCGCGGAGCCCGACAUGACGUUGCUGACAAGGACGGCCGCACCCCCCUGCACCUGGCGGCCCACGGGGGCCACUCGGAGGCGGUGCGGGACCUGCUGCGUGCGGGGGCUGCGGCGUCCGCCAGGGAUAAGUCCGGGGCUUCGCCGUACGACUACGCGGUAAAGGAACGACACUCAACCGUCGCUGCGCUGCUAGGCGGCCCGCCGCCGCCAGCGCCGCUUCCGCCGUCGCAGCAGCAGCUGCCGUACCAGGGCCCAAUGCCGCCGGUGGACCUGACGUCGGCGGCCCCCGCCGCACAGCUGCUGCCGCCGCUGCCGCCGCCGGCUGCACCCAUGUCGACGGGUCUCGGCGGUGUCGUCAUUCCCAAGGUACAUCAUGAUCGUACACCGCAGGGCGUGCUACUGCCGCCGCCGCCGGCGACGCCUGGGCCGCUGCCGGCGUCGUCGUACCCGGCGGGACCGACAACUGCCGCCGCCGGCGGCGGCGGUUAUGGCGGUUUCUAUGAGUCUCCCAGUGCGCCUCCGGCCCCGUACGACACGGGUGCGUGCGGCUAUGGCGGCGCUGCGCAACAGCAGCAGCAGCAGCCGUACAAUACGCCGGCUUAUGUGCCGUACCCUGCCGUCCCUGGAAGGCAACAGCCAGCGGCGACGGCGGCGCCUCCCCCAGUUGGAGGCGCCGCAUGGCCGGGUGGCGGUGGCGGCGUCGCCGCCGUACAAAACCAGCCGUACGCCCCUCCACCGCUGCCGACGCCAGCGCAGCAGCCCCAACGAGGCGGCUCCGCUGGCAGUGGCAGUGGCGGCGGCAAGGCUGCAGACCUGGACUGGGCCCCCACCGCCCGAACCGACUGGGGUGAUGAAGCAGACCAGCCCCCGCCCCCGCCGCCUUCCUCCUCCUCCGCUCCCGCCUCCCGACCCGCCAACUGGAACCCCAUCCAGAGCGCCCGCUACCAGCUGGAACGCCUCCUGGGGGCCGGCCUAGCGCAGCUGGGCCUCUCAGGCUCCCCCGGCUCCUCCUCCGCCGCCGCCGCCGCCGCUGCUGCCUCCCCUUCCAUGGGCGGCGCCAGCACCCUCAGCAGCAGCAGCAGCAGCAGCAGCGGGCGGGUGUACAGCUACCAGCAGCUGUACGCGGCGACGGGCGGGUUCAGCGCGGGCAGCAAGCUGGGCGAGGGCGGGUACGGGCCGGUGUACCGGGGGACGCUGGACGGCAUUCCGGUGGCGGUCAAGGUGAUGGACUGCGGGGAGGGAGCCAUGCAGGGUCGGUCCGAGUUCGAGGCUGAGGUCCGCAUCCUCUCCGCGCUGCACCACCCGCACGUCGUGCUGCUGAUCGGCAGCUGCCCCGAAAAGGGCAUGCUGGUGUACGAGCUGAUGUCGCGAGGCAGCCUGGCGGAGCACCUCUUCUCCCAGCAGCACCAGCACCAGCAGCAGCAGCAGGCAGCGGGCAGGGCCUGGCCUUGGAGGGCAGGCGGGAGGGGGUCAAGCGAGGGAGGGGGGCAGCAGCAGCAGCAGCAGCAGCACCCGCAGCGGCAGCAGCAGGCUGCAGUGCACCUGGACUGGCGGGACAGGGUGCGCAUCAGCGCGGAGGUGGCCUCGGCGCUGCUGUUCCUGCACUCCGCGCCCACACCCAUCGUGCACAUGGACCUGAAGCCCGCCAACAUCCUGCUGGACGAGCACCUGACCGCCAAGCUGGGCGAUGUGGGGCUGGCCCGCCUGGCGCCCACCCUGGCCGCACCCGCGGGGCCGGCGGCGGCGGCAGCGGCGGAGCGGGGGCAGGGCCGGCCGCCUGGGCGCUCGACAGUGCAGGAUGACCGGCUGGUGGGCACCUGGGAGUACAUGGACCCCGAGUACCUGCGUAGUGGCGAGUUCUCGGCGCGCAGCGACGUGUACGCGCUGGGGGUGGUGCUGCUGCAGCUGCUGACGGGGCGGCAGGGGGCGCAGGUGAUCUCCCAGGUGGAGUCCGCCCGCCAGCAGCCGCUGAGUUUCGUGGAGGCGUGCAUUGACCCACGGGUCGGCUCCUGGCCGGCGGCGGAGGCGAUGGCGUUCGCGGACCUGGCUCUGCGCUGUGUGGAGUACCGCCGCCAGGACCGACCCGACCUCAGGAACGAGAUCCUGCCCACCCUGCUACAGCUGCGGCAGCGCACCACCCUGUACGAUCCACUUCCGCAGCAACCACCACUUGCACAGCGGCAGCAGCAGCCGCAGUGGCAGCAGCAGCAGCAGCCAGGGGCGCUGGCAAAUGCGGGUGGGGAGGCGGUACCGCCCAUGUUCGUGUGCCCCAUCACACAGGUGGGUUCGGGUAGCGGAAAGAGUCAGAGGUACGAUAAAGAGGAAAAAGAGUCGGACAGGGUCCCGUUGCGGGGGAGGAGGUUAUGGCCACGACGUGCGCUGAUACGGGCUCGCAUGGGCGGUAGUCCGGCAGUCGCACGGCUUUGUCGCCUGUUGCCCCCGUGCGCUCUUUUCGAACACCGACCCCACUACCGCUCUGCCCGCUCCACCCUCUCAGUUUCCUUAACACACCCUCUCUGCUCACCCGCGCACACCCGCACCCACGCACCCCGCCCAGGAUGUGAUGGACGACCCGGUGGUUGCUGCGGACGGCUACACGUACGAGCGGCUGGCAAUCACGGAGUGGCUGGCCCGCUGCCCCACCAGCCCGCUCACCAACAUGCGCCUGCCGCACACGCAGCUCACAGAAAACCUGGUGCUGCGCAGCGCCAUACGGGAGUGGUG